AUGAUGGCUCAAACUACUUCGGCUGCUCAACCCGACGCAGUUUUCCCGGCCGACAAGGAGUCAACUACUCAACCGGGCGCACUUGUUCUGGUUCGAAUUACUCCAAUUGCUCAAACCGAUGCAGUUGUCCUGACUCGAAUUACUUCAACUACUCAAACCGACACAGUUGUCCUGGUCGACAAGAAGUCAACUGCUCACAACGAUGCAAUUACCCAGCAAAGAAAGUCAACCUCAUCAGCCUUAGUUCGCAUCCCACCAGAAAUACUCAGGAUGAUCGCAGAAUUUCUUCCGGAGAAAAACGCCGCCUGUUUCACUCUUUGUUGCCACAGUAUAAAAGACGUCCUUGGAGAGCGGUAUUUGAAGGCUAUGACAAUUCCACCGUAUGAACAAUUUGAUUUCUCUCCUAAAGGUGAAAUCAAAUUUGUGCACCUUUUGGCGAGAGACCUUCCUCAACACUUCGCAUGCUUCGAGUGUUCCCGCAUUCAUCGAGCGAGAACCAUCAAAUGGCCCAGUAACAUUAAAGAGCAUCUCGGCUGUGCUCAUAGCAUUCGGAGUAGGCAGAAUGCUUAUUCUCUUACGUUUUUCUCGCCCUUCAAAAUAUAUUUCGCUCAAGUUUAUUUGGUGAUGAAGCAACAUCGAUUGGGCAUCGAUCUUGGAUUUCCUCUGGAGGCGUUCCGACACGUAGAAAUUACACACGAGAAGCGCACGAAUGUAACGAAUUUAAUGUCUGUGGAUGCCCGGUUUGUCUCCAAUGAGCUUCUGUUACGGUCUCAAAUCUGGAUUCUAUUCCCUCCGAGCCAAAAAGACAGAAUGAUUCAGAAAUUAUCUGAAUGUGGAUUGCCCACUAGAUUGUGUGCUCAUUCAGCACGAUCAUCAUUGGAAGAGAUGGUGGCAGGACUUAUGGGGAAUGGAGGUUCCCUUAUACGAACGGUGCAAUGCCAUCAUUGUUGGAUGGACUUUGGGAUACGUCGAAAGUACUUUGGAGAGGCAGGAACUGCGUUCAUAAUUACAAGAUGGAUCAAUCUUGGAGCUGGUCUAGACCCCGAAGAUCGUAAGUGGCAAGGUCAUAUCGGACGUAAAGGUCUGCGUUCCAGGCAGCGUCUAGUGAAUAUUAGAAAAACUUUCGAAGACCAGGAAGGAUCGUCGAUGGAAGAGUUUACUUCUGAUAAUCAACAGAAGUUAUUGUCGGAGUGGAGAAGCAAAUACUCCAAUUCAGGGGCGGAUGAUGUUGCUUAG